AUGCGGUCUGAUGGAGCACAAUAUGAUGCAGAUGAAGAGGAUCACAUUAUAAUAGCAGCCCAUGCAAUUCAUGGCAAUAAAUGGGCUGCAAUUGCAAAACUCCUCCCGGGUAGAACAGAUAAUGCAAUUAAGAACCACUGGAACUCCACACUGAGGCGCAGAGGUAUUGAGCCUAGCAGGUUUAAACCAGCCUCUGGCAGCAUGUUGGAACACCACAGGCCUGAUAGAACCAAGGCAUCCUCUGAAGAGACCUUGUCAAAUGGUAACAAUGAUGCAUUCAAUUCUCCCGAGGGAAGAGAUGUAAGCCUGAUGGAAAUUGAACCCAGCCAGUGUGAAGAAAAAAUUCUAACAAAAGAGGGCCAUACUGUUGCUGAAAAUGACGAUCACACUCUUUUCGAAAAGGACCAUCCCUUCUUCGCUGAAAAGAAUCAUCCCACCGUUACUCGUCCAGUAGCAAAAAUUGGUGCAUUUAAUGUUUAUAAUCCGCCAUGUGGCGCAGCAGCUGGUUCUGUGUAUUCAAGGCCAGCCCCAAUGCAGGGACCCAUGAUCCAGUUCUCAAAACCAGACUAUGGGAUCUGCAAAUAUUUUGAGGGAGUUGUUGAUGAGCCAACAGUUCCUUCACGAUGUGGCCAUGGUUGCUGUGCAGGUCCAAGCGGGGGCUCCUCUUCAAGCUCAGUGUUGGGUCCCGAGUUCAUUGAAUAUGAGGAACUUCCCCUGUUCUCAGGUCACGAGUUGGCUGCCAUUGCUACAGAUUUGAACAACAUUGCUUGGAUUAAAAGUGGCCUUGAGAAUGCUGACACCAGAGUACCAAACAAUGGGACUGCUCAAAGAUUGUCUCAAGGUUCAGAACAGAGCAUAAAAAAUGACCACUUUCGCUUUGAGGAGGGAAGGAACAAGCUGAUGGGCAUGAUGACAGAUGUUUCAACCCCGAUGCCUUCCGCAAAUUUCGCUUUGCCGACUGAAGUUGAAGGCUUGAGCUGA